AGGAUGAGGGCGGGCUCGGAGGGCAGCGGGGAGGGCGAGGGGCUCUCCAGCCUGCGGGCCUUCGCCCACAGCUCCUCGCUGCACGGCAUCAGCCACGUCUUCGCCUACGGGGCCGUGUCGCUGCGCCGCGUGCUGUGGGGCGCCUUCUUCCUGGGCUCGCUGGGGCUGCUGCUGCUGGUCUGCGCCGAGCGCGUCGCCUACUUCCUCACCUACCCCCACGUCACCAAGCUGGACGAGGUGGCCGCCCACAACCUCACCUUCCCGGCCAUCACCAUCUGCAACCUCAACGAGUUCCGCUUCUCCAAGAUCACCCGCAACGACAUGUACCACGUGGGCGAGCUGCUGGCGCUGCUCAACGACCGCUACGAGAUCAGCAACCCGCAGCUGGCCGAGCCCCACGUCCUGGCCGCCCUGCGCGACAAGGCCAACUUCAAGAACUUCAAGGCGAAGCCCUUCAGCAUGGCCGAGUUCUACAACCGCACCGGCCACGACCUGGCCGACAUGCUGCUGCAGUGCUCCUUCCGCGGCGCCAACUGCACCGCCCGCAACUUCACCGUGAUCUUCACCCGCCUCGGCAAGUGCUACACCUUCAACUCGGGGGGGCCAGGCCGGGAGGUGCUGACCACGCUGCAGGGCGGCGCGGGGAACGGCCUGGAGCUGAUGCUCAAUGUCCAGCAAGAGGAAUACCUGCCCGUCUGGGGGGACACGGACGAGACCUCCUACGAGGCGGGGGUGAAGGUGCAGAUCCACAGCCAGGAGGAGCCCCCCUUCAUCGACCAGCUGGGCUUCGGCGUGGCGCCCGGCUUCCAGACCUUCGUGUCCUGCCAGCAGCAGCGGCUGGUGUACCUGCCCCCGCCCUGGGGGGACUGCAAGGCCACCCCCAUCGAGUCCGACUUCUUCACCAACUACAGCAUCACCGCCUGCCGCCUGGACUGCGAGACCCGCUACCUGGCCGAGAACUGCAACUGCCGCAUGGUGCACAUGCCGGGCAACGCCAACGUCUGCACCCCGGAGCAGUACAAGGAGUGCGCCGACCCCGCGCUGGACUUCCUGGUGAAGAAGGACAGCGAGUACUGCGCCUGCCGCACGCCCUGCGCCAUGGUGCGCUACGGCAAAGAGCUCUCCAUGGUGAAGAUCCCCAGCAAGGCCUCCGCCAGGUACCUGGCCAAGAAGUUCAACAAGACGGAGCAGUACAUCGCGGACAACGUGCUGGUCCUGGACAUCUUCUUUGAGGCCCUGAACUACGAGAUGAUCGAGCAGAAGAAGGCGUACGAGGUGGCGGGGCUGCUGGGCGAUAUCGGGGGGCAGAUGGGGCUCUUCAUCGGCGCCAGCCUCCUCACCAUCCUGGAGAUCUUCGACUACCUGUACGAGGUAUUCCGGGACAAACUCCUCAGCUUCUACAAGGAGAAGAAGAGGACCCCCCGGAGCGACAGCAGCACCCUGGAGCAUCCAGCGGUGCCAGGCAGCCCCGCUGCCCCGCUCCCUCCGGGGCCCAGAGCGCCCGUCGCCCCCUGCGCUGCCACGCGGACGGUCUCAGCUUCGCCCCGAACGUGCUACCUCGUCACCCGGCUCUAG